UUAGACCACACGAAUAGAUGGGAGGAGCACUGGAGUCCCGAUCAAGGAAGCAGUUGAUCCGAACGGCAGGGAACAACAUCAGAUCGGGAAGGUUUCGAAUCAUCUCCUCAGCAGACUUUUGCGCCCCGGUUUUAGGCCUGAAUGGGACUGUGCCUGAAUUCUGAGAAAUAAUGUAUUGAGACCAGAAUGAUUUUAAGAAGAAAAGAAUUUGGAUGAGCUUCGUUAAUUAAAGAGAACGAGAACCUAAUACAUGCAACCUUUUUUGGAAGUGAGCCCAAAAUCCUGUUUUAUGCAGCAAUGCAAAAUUUGGAAGACAACAUGUUAAGACUGGGACUUGUAGUGACUCUUAUUGAAGUCAUUUCUCUGCCUGUAAUACAUGGGCACAGCUCUUUUACCUGUGAGCCGAUCAAAGUUCUUUACUGUCUUACUGUUCACUAUAACAUGACAUAUUUUCCCAAUAUAAUGGAACACUAUGAUCAAGAUAUUGCUGCCAGCAAAAUGGAGCCUUUUGCUCCACUUAUCAAACUACAGUGCUCUCCCGAUGUACAAACCUUCCUGUGUCAGGCAUUCCUUCCUGAGUGUACAGAACAUGUAAGAGUGAUCCACCCCUGUCAAGGCCUGUGUGAACGUGUGCACUUUGACUGUAAACAGUUGAUAGAAACAUUUGGAAUUGCCUGGCCUCCUGAGCUUCAGUGUGAGAGACUGGAAAAAUGUGUGGAUCCACAGUUGGCCUCGUCUGCCCCAUCUACUAAACUUCUCAUCACCCAGAUGCCUUCUCGGUCUGUGCAGAGAGAAUAUGGAUUCUGGUGCCCUAGACAGUUAAAGACAUUGUCAUCUACUUUUCUGAGUGCAAGUGAUUGUGCACCACCCUGCCCUAAUAUGUUCAUUAAGGCUGAGGAUGUAGAGUUUGCCAAAACUUUGAUUGGAAUUUUUUCCAUCAUCUGCCUAUGUGCCACCUUGUUUACUUUUUUCACUUUCCUGAUUAAUGUCCAAAGAUUUCGUUACCCAGAGAGACCCAUUAUCUUCUAUGCAGUAUGCUAUAGUUUUGUAUCAUUAAUGUAUUUUAUUGGUUUCCUCUUAGGUAACAAUAUCUCAUGCAACAGGGCAAGUGAAAAAAUAGGCAACAUGGAGACAGUAGUCCUUGGUUCACAGAAUAAGGCCUGCACUAUUCUUUUCAUGCUACUUUACUUCUUCUCCACAGCAGGGACAGUUUGGUGGGUUAUCUUAACUAUCACCUGGUUUUUAGCAGCAGGCCCCAAAUGGAGCUGUGAAGCUAUUGAGAAAAAAGCAUUGUGGUUUCAUUCUAUUGCAUGGGGUAUACCUGGCGUGCUGACUGUCAUGCUUUUGGCCAUGAACAAAGUGGAAGGUGACAACAUUAGUGGAGUAUGCUUUGUGGGCUUAUAUGACUUGGAUUCCUUGCGCUAUUUUGUCCUAGCCCCUUUGUGCAUCAGUGUUGUGUUGGGACUCUCCAUGCUCCUAGCUGGCAUCAUUUCACUUAAUCAUGUACGGCAGGUCAUCCAGCAUGAUGAAAGAAAUCAGGAAAAGCUGAAGAAAUUUAUGAUUCGCAUUGGAAUCUUCAGUGGCCUUUAUUUACUUCCUCUGGUUAUUCUUUUGGGUUGCUACUUUUAUGAACAAGGCUAUCGAUCAACUUGGGAAACUACUUGGAUCUACGAUCAUUGCAAAGACUACCAUAUACCCUGCCCUUACCAGGUAAAGAAUUUAACAAGGCCUGAUUUGUCCUUUUUCUUGGUGAAGUAUUUCAUGACACUGAUUGUUGGCAUCUCUGCAGUCUUCUGGGUCAGCAAUAAGAAGACCUGUACAGAAUGGGCAUUUUUCUUCAACAAAACCCGCAAAAGAGAUCCUAUCACUGAAAGCCGGAGAGUGCUACAAGAGUCAUGUGAGUUUUUCCUGAAGCAAAAUUCAAGAGUGCAACAUAAGAAGAAGUACUAUAAGUCAAACUCUCAUAAAUUAAAGGUCAUCUCCAAAUCAAUGGGGACCAACACUGGGGCUAGUGCCAACCAUGGCACAUCAACAGUGGGCAUUGCUAAUCAAGACACUCUUGCUCAGACCACUUUUUCUGAAGUUGGGACUACCCCAGAUGCUUCUGGAAGGGUGCCAUUGGAACAGGGAGAAUGUGUUAAAAUGUACCCUCUUUUACCAAAAUCUGGGGAUCGAGAAGCCACUGGCCAGACCAAGCCUACACGUGUUUUAUCUGUAGAUAUGGACAGAAGAAAUAAAGCUGGGAGUUCUGGCAAAAUGAGCAACUUAUCAGAGAGUCUUCAACGAGUUCCCGAUGGAAGGCUGACCCCCCAAAGUGAUUUUACAGAAGGUCGACCCAUCUACACAGGACAAGGGUAUCUUGGAUCUAGUAUCAAGGGAUCUACAACAUUGCCAGUGUAUGUGUUGUCAGAUGACAGAAAUAUGGAUAAGAGCUGCUCAAAUGCCUGAACACUUCAAUGAAUGAGCAGCCUGCAACCAAGUUUAUUUGACUUUGUAAAUAAUUGACAUUUGUGGCUGAGCAGAGACUUACAGCUGGCCUUUGACGGAUAGAUUAGUACCUAGAUUAGCAGGAUGUAGGGCUUUAAGGGUUUUAGGUGGAUUUAAAUAAGCUUUCUAAGUAAUCACAAAAAAUUACAUUAGAUUUUCUAUAGUCUUUACACUGAAUUUUAGUGGGGAGUAUAUACAGAGUUGCACUACUAUAGUUUAGAAUUAAAAAAAAGAAAAUCUGUUUUAAGGGUGCCUGCUCUGCAAGCUAUUUUUGCUACAUAUUUUUCAAAAUUAAUUUUUAUACAGUCUCUUAUGAGUCAUGUGCCUAUGUUUUAUAUGUAUAUGUUAAAACUACUGGAUAAAUCACUUAUAACUAAAGCUUAUAUCAUCUUAAAAGAACACAGUCAUAUGAUUUAUGGAAAUGUUUCUACUCAGAUGACAUUUAACAUUCCUGAACUAUGCAAAAAUAAAUUUUAGCUUUGAAAUGUACACAGGUGGUAAGCUAAACAAAAAGACAAUAAACCACGUGUAGAUUUGGUAAAAAUAAGAGACAUUAACUGUUUAAUGUUGGUCCACUAAUCUGUAAAUUUGAACCCAUCAAGUAACGAGAAACAACUCAGCUUUGAGCAUUCACACUUGCAUGUGACAAGUCCAAUGCAAAUUUUAGUCUCUUACAGUCCUGGGGCUGGAUAUGAAAAAAACAACAACUGAGAUUUAACUGAUAAUGAUAAAUCUAUCAAAAGCAUUAAGUUCAAUAUAUAAACAAGGUGGAAUAUUUAUAGUACUAUUGGCAUUGGACUGAAUCUAUAAAACGGAUCAUCCUCCCCUCAAAGAAAUUAGCCUUCUGCUAAAAGAAGUCCACCUGGUGUGCGUCAUGGAUCUACUGCAGGGGUCCUCAAUCACAGUCCUUUAGGGCCGCAGUGGCUGCAGGUUUUUGUUCUAACCCGGUUGCUUAAUUAGAAAGCAAUUCUUGCCAAUAAUUUAAUUUCAUGGCUUGUUAGUGUUUUAACUCUGCCAUGUUUAGUCAUUCUCAUAUCCUAGUUUUUCUUCCCCUUUCUAAGGAUAUCAUCCAAAUGAUUUGAAGGCUAAAAUGGAUGAGUAAUUCUCAGUCCUUCACUUUUUUCUCUUCACUUUCCUUCCAAGUAUUUAAUUAAACCCAAUAGUGCAUGAUAAAUACACACAGGUGUAAAUGCUAACAAGCUAAAUGGAGAAAUGUUGGUCUCUUUUGUCAUUUGCAUGUUAUUGCUAAUUAGGAGCAAUUAAAAACCGAGAAUACAGCUGUUUAAGUAUAAAAUAAGCAAUAAGGGUUCAAAAUCUUAACGAGUGAGACAACUAAAAUGAAGCAGAAGUGUUACUUGAGCAAUAAGUUCUCUGUAUUAAGGGCCCUCCAGGACCAUGAUUGAGGACUCCUGAUCUACUGCAUACAGCAUGUGCAAAUUCACAAAACCAAGAUACAUUUUGGAUGUGUUAGUGUUAUCAGGUGAUAUAACAUUGCAAACACUUCAGCGUUAUACUAGGUAAUAAUAAGUUGAACAAUUGUUGUAUUUGAGCCAAUGAAGAUGUGAUUUUUUGGGUGUAUUCAGCUAUGCUUAAUAUUUCUCCCUAUCUUAUUUUGUGGUGAUCAUUUUUUUUAAACGUGUAUUUAGAUUUUUUUAAUUUCCCAUGAAGGUGUGAGGUUUUAUCUCAUUAAGAAAAGCUGUUCACUCUUUUUGUGCUGCACUUUUUGCAUAUAUAUCUCCACUUCCUUUUUGCCCCCAAAUGUUAAUUAUCUUCUAAUUAAUUUUAAAUGUCGUCAUAGUCAGUAGGCAUCCUGAAAUUACUGAUAAAAAUCAUGUAUAACACUUCAAAAUAAGAGUCAGUUAUCCAACUGGAGAAAUGGAGGAUGGAGUAUGUUGAGAUAAAACAAAACUGGGGAACAAGUUUACUGGAAGGAACUGAGGUCACCCUUUGUAACAGACUAUUACUGUUAGUACAAUUAGAAACAUUUUGAAAAGAUAAUAAAUUAAGCACAAGGUUACAAAAAACAUCGUCUAACUCAUUCAAGACUAUGGAAUCCUUUCAGACCCUUUUUAAACUCUUUUUUCAUUUUCUCCGCUUAUUCCCUCUUUCAUCAUAUAAGACUGAAGAAACAUUCUAGAUGUAUUUAGCAUGAAGACACAAAAGAAGCCCUCCCACUUUUAAAUAAGUUCCAAAGAAUUCUUGACAAAUAAAAUGUGCAUAUUUAAUCACUAUUCUUAUGACACUUGUUUUGUUACACUUUUUAUAUGGUGUCUGUUUCUUUGAUGUCCCACUGACACAAUCAUCAGCUGAGCAAAAUUUGAUUGGGCCAAGAUGUAAUACUAUGGAAUCCUUAAGAAGUGAUUAAUUAUUAUAAGGUAGGGGGUAAAUAUCUUAUAAAACAAUAUGGAAAUUCCAUUACUGUUUUUUAUAUUUUAUUGUUUAUAAGAUCACAGUCAGAACAAGCACUAGUUAUGAAUGCAUUUUUUGAGAAAUAUAAUCUAUUUACAUAUUUUUGCCGCUUGUGUUGGUAUUCAAAAACCAAAGAGAAAUUUACAUUCUACAAAUGGAAGUAUUACUUUACUUAUUCUAUUUUUGGUAUUUGUUGAUAUCACAUUUACUGUGUAAGAAAAAAAAAGUUCAAAAUAACUGGAUAAAAAUAUAAAAGGUGAAACAUAAAUAAAAAUUACUUAUUGAACUUGUAUAAAAUGUUUCAUUUUUAUGGGUAUCAUAAAGGUUUGUUUUUUAAAGUCAUAAUCCAGGCUUUAUGAAUUACAUCAUUUUUGUCAUCAGUAGUUUUUUUUAUAAAACUUGCACUACUUGUGUGCAGUUAAACUCCUUAUGGUGUAAAACCUGCAAAGCACGGGAAUUUAAUACACAGUUUUGAAUUCACUGAAACUUUUUGUAAUUCUUUAAAACGAAUAAAGCAAUUUUUUUGAAUUC